AUGACAUCUGGAUGUAUGAUAUUAAUCAGAUCUGGUAGUAUGUUGGUUCAUGCUGCUAAUAUCAGCUUGAAGGGAAGCUCAUUGGUAUCCAGAUGUUUCCCAAAGGUGAGAUUGCUUCCAUUUGGGCACAGGACUCGUGCUGCAAGCUCAAGCAGUAAGCUAAACUCGCUUCAAAACGAGAUUAAGAACAACAGCUUCGUACCAGUAGAUGAAGAAGGUAGGAAUGACUUCAAAACACAAUUGAAACCCAUACUGAAAUCAACCAAAAAGACUAAAUCGAAGGCGAAAUCUAAAGCAUCUGUAGCUGUGGAAAUUACCGAGCCAACGAAUUUAGAAGAGAGCGAAUCUUGGGAUAGAGGUGGAAGAACAGAUGAUAACUCAUUGACCCCAUUGCAAGAAGCAAUAAGGAAAAUAGUCAAUGAAAACUCUGAUUGCGUUAGUUUGGUUCAAGUUGGUUCGUUCUAUGAACUAUAUUUCCAUCAAGCAGAAGAAUAUGGACCUAAGCUAGGCAUAAAAGUGGCCCUUCGAACUACAAAAAAUUUCCAAGUUCCUAUGGCUGGAUUUCCAGUUUACCAAUUAGAGAAGUAUGUCAAGAUUUUAGUACAUGACCUUGGUGAAAAUGUUGCCAUCGUAGAUCAAAUAGAUGCUGGAAAUGGAUCUACAGCCGAAGGUGCAAUAAGUGGUAUGCCGUUGCUUCGAAGAGUUUCUCGUAUAGUCUCUCCGGGGACACUUAUAGAUGAAUCUUUUAUGAAUUUCAAUCAAAACAAUUAUUUACUCUCCAUAUCCUUACCUCCACAAAUAUCGGGAGCAGCUGGUGGAAUUGGAGAUUCCAAAUAUAUAGAACUAGACCCUGAACUAGAGGUUGGUUUGGCUUGGUGUGAUGUUUCAUUGGGAGAGUUUAAUGUUCAGCAAACAACUUUAAGAGAGUUAAUGUCAGAUAUCACCAGGAUCAACCCAAGCGAGAUUAUACUACCGAAGAGCUUACAGAAGAAUCCUUACCUAAAGGAGCAUUCUUGGUUGAAAGAUUUGAAUAGAUUUUUCGUUCGAUUCCAAAAAGAAUACACCGAAACUAUGUUGAGUUUAGCAGAAACUCAUUUUGAUAUGAACAGAAAAUCGCUAGUCAGAAGCUUAGAUAAUUUAACAAAGAAACAAAUAGCGGCCUCGCAUAUGAUACUCUCGUACAUAGCCACUAACUUACCUGAGAGCAAGCCAGUAUUUGAUUUCCCCCGUGAGCAUUGGAGCAAUAAAGUGCUAAAAAUGGACCCACGUACACGAGAAGCAUUGGAAUUAAAUACAAGAGUUGUCGCUUCCAAUAGCACUGCGAGUACAUUGUUUUCAACAAUUCGAAGAACCAUGACUGACUCGGGUACUAGAAUGCUUAGGCAGUGGAUAAAUGCACCCAUACUAGAGAAAAAUGAAUUGGUAAGGAGACAAGAUUUUGUAGAAUCAUUUGAGCUGAAUGUCAUUUUAAGACUAAAGCUUCGAGAAAAGUUAUCAGCUAUGGAUGAUUUUGUGAGAUCAAUUCAAAGAUUAUCUUUAAAUGUAGGUGACACUCCUACCCAUUUGAAAUCUAUUGCAUCUGGUUUACAAACUGCUGAAGAGAUUGUUGACUUGAUGCAUGUUGAGGUUCAACCAAAAUAUCAACAUUUGCUAGAAGAUGUCCUAAAAACAAAAAUACCUUCACAAUUAGCCAAGAGAAUAUUAAAUACUUUUGAAGUGGACGAGAUCGAGCCGGAGACAGAGCAUUUUCAAGAUGAUGAGAAUUUAAAUGAAGAAAAUGAAGUAGUAGUUCAACUUUCGUCGAAAGAUAUAAAGGGCGUAGUUUCUUCAAAGUAUGAUGAGAGUAUUGAAAAGUAUCGUCUUACAAAAAAAGUGAAAAGGCUGAGCCCUUCGUCAUCUGCCCCUACAAUUCCUACUACAUUUCAAUUUUCCGUUAAGAAGACCUUCAAUAAAGAAUUGAAGGAUGCACAUGACGAAUAUUCCAAGCUUUUACUAAAGGAACGUACUAUUUUCAGUCAAAUUGUUCUGAAGAUUGAAGCCACUGGCUCCAAAAUCAAAAUUGUGGAAAAAGCAAUACACGGUAAGCACUUAGAUGUUAUUCAGUUGAAAGCCAGUGAGCUGUCGCUCAGCAAUGUGAUUUCGUUGUUUGACCUGGAUCAAAUCAAGGAACAAAGACAAACUUCCUUGGUAAUCAAACCUGAUGAAUGGCAUACUGUAAAGGAAAAGAUUGAACGGGUGCUCUUUAAAAUUUUCAAGCAUGAGGAAAGGAUUAUCCAGCAAUUAAGAAGAGAAGCAUUGGAUGAAAUUGUUGAUGUUAGAGAAAUUGGAAGACAGAUUGACUUCUUAGAUGUAACCUCCUCAUUUGCCGUGCUUGCACUUGAAUGCAACCUUGUCAGACCAAAAUUUGCUAAAGAAAACAAAUUAGAUAUUAAUGAAGGAAGACAUAUUGUGGUAGAAGAUGGGUUGAAACAAUCUGGUGAAUUAUUUAUUCCAAACGACACUAAUAUUAACUCUUCAUCUAGUAGAUUGUGGGUUAUCACUGGUCCAAAUAUGGGAGGAAAGUCUACCUACUUGAGACAAAAUGCUUUGAUCGUAAUUCUUGCUCAAAUUGGAUCAUAUGUUCCUGCAAGAAGUUGUAAGUUAGGCUUAGUGGACAGAAUUUUUACCAGAAUUGGUGCAUCUGACGACAUUUCUAGAGAUCUAAGCACAUUUAUGGUUGAAAUGGUUGAAACUAGUAACAUCUUAGAAAAUGCAACUGAAAAGUCAUUGGCGAUUGUUGAUGAACUAGGUCGUGGAACUAGUGGAAAGGAAGGCUUGUCGAUAGCGUAUGGGGCUUUGGUCAGCCUUUUGACUGUUAACAAAUGUCGUACCAUGUUUGCUACUCAUUACGGAGUAGAAUUACAACAAUUGCUUAACGAAGACAACAUGGAUCAAUCAAAAGUGAAAUAUUACAAAACAGGUGUGAAGGGAGGAGAAGGUAAAUUUAUUUUAGAUCAUAAACUCAGGCCAGGAAUCAGCAAAAGAUCAUACGCUCUUGAAGUUGCAGAAAUGGCAGGAUUUCCAAAGCAUGCACUUCAGAUUUCAUCGAGAGCUUGGGAAAUGUUAAAUAAAUAG